AUAAACUUCAGAGCCCGUGAUAAAUUAUUACUAUGUGUAUCCCUUUCGUUAAAAUUUGUUGAAAUCUUACUAAGUACUAACACGCGAUUAACUCGAAAUAAAAUCUGAUUUAGAUUUGGGUGAAAGUUCAAACUCGCGUUACUGAGAUCAUUUGUCAGCCCAAAGAACUCAAACCGGUCUGAACCUUCCGGUUUAAGGUAAGUAGUGAGCGGUUUCGUUCUAGCCGCCGUUUACAUUCUCAUGCAAAAACUUAUACUAGAGUUUUUACAGUUUCAGAAAGCAAAGUUUGUGGUCUUUUCUUUGUCUCAUAACCAUAACACAAAUCAUUUACUAAAGAUCAAAAAGCUAUUGCCUAUGACCAUGGAGCUUGAUUCCCAAUAUUAUGCUCGUCUACUUCAAUCCUGCAAAACCCACAACUCCAUUCUGCUAGGAAAACAGCUCCACCUCUUUUUCCUCAAAAAGGGUAUCCUUAGUUCCACUAUUACAAUAGGAAACCGCCUCCUCCAAAUUUAUGAGCGGUGUGGUACUAUGACUGAGACUUGGAAGCUGUUUGAUGAAAUGCCACAAAAAAAUUGUUUUUCUUGGAAUACGGUAAUUGAAGGGUACAUGAAAUUAGGAAAAAAAGAAAGGUCAUUGGAAUUGUUCAAGUUGAUGCCGCGUAAAAAUGAUUUUUCAUGGAACUUGGUUAUUUCGGGAUUUGCCAAAGCGGGUGAGUUAGAAGUUGCUGGGGCUUUGUUUGAUGACAUGCCUGAGAAAAAUGGGGUUGCUUGGAAUUCGAUGAUUCAUGGUUAUGCUCGAAAUGGGGAUGCAAGAAAGGCUGUUGAGCUAUUUAAAGAAUUGGGAUCUUUGGGUGAUGCGUUUGUGUUGGCGACUGUUAUUGGGGCAUGCGUUGAUUUGGGAGCUAUUGAAUAUGGAAAGCAGAUUCAUGCACGUAUGGUGGUUGAUGGACUAGAAUUUAGUCCUGUGUUAUGUAGUUCUCUGAUAAACUUGUAUGGGAAAUGUGGUGAUUUGGAUGGUGCGAGUCGUGUUUUGAAUUUGAUGAAAGAACCGGAUGAUUUCUCUUUGUCGGCUAUGAUUUCAGGUUAUGCAAGGUGUGGAAGAAUGAGUGAUGCAAGAAGAAUAUUUGAUAGAAAAAAUGAUCCAUGUGUUGUUUUGUGGAAUUCUUUGAUUUCUGGAUAUGUUUUGAACAAUGAGGAAAUUGAGGCGUUAGCUCUUUUUAAUAAAAUGCGGGAAAAAAGAGUUCAGCAAGACUUUUCUUCGAUUGCAAUUGUUUUGAGUGCCUGCAGUAGUUUAUGCAUUUCUGAACAUGUCAAACAAAUGCAUGAUCAUGCUCAUAAAGUUGGUGUGACUCAUGAUGUUAUCAUUGCCAGCACUCUGAUUGAUGCCUACUCCAAGUGUGGAAGGCCUAAUGAUGCUUGCAAGUUUUUUAGUGAGCUCCAAGCUUAUGAUACAAUCUUACUUAACUCUAUGAUCACUGUGUAUUCCAGUUGUGGAAGAAUUGAAGAUGCAAAGCAGCUUUUCAAGACAAUGCCAAAUAAAAACCUGAUAUCAUGGAAUUCAAUGAUAGUAGGUCUGAGUCAAAAUGGUUGUCCAAUUGAGGCAUUAGAUCUAUUCUGCAAGAUGAAUAAAUCAGACCUGAGGAUUGACAAGUUUAGUUUGGCUAGUGUCAUAAGUACCUGUGCUAGUAUCUCCAGUAUUAAACUUGGCGAACAAGUUUUUGCUAAAGCUAUUAUCAUUGGACUUGAAUCUGAUCAAAUAAUAUCUACCUCCCUUGUUGAUUUCUACUGCAAAUGUGGUUUAGUUGAAUGUGGGCGAAAAAUAUUCGACACAAUGACAAAAUCAGAUCAGAUCUCUUGGAAUUCCAUGCUGAUGGGUUAUGCUACUAAUGGUCAUGGGCUUGAAGCACUGGUGUUGUUUCAUGAAAUGAGAAAUGCUGGUGUAAGGCCAACUGAUAUAACAUUUACAGGGGUUCUGUCUGCCUGUGAUCAUUGUGGACUUCUAGUGGAGGGGAAAAAGUGGUUUGAUUCAAUGAAAUGGGACUAUCAUAUUGAUCCUGGGAUAGAGCACUACUCUUGCAUGGUUGAUCUUUUUGCCCGUGCUGGUUGCCUUGAGGAAGCAAUGAAUCUUAUAGGACAAAUGCCUUUUAAGGCAGAUGCAAGCUUGUGGUUAUCAGUUUUGAGAGGCUGUGUUGCUCACGGAGACAAAACUCUUGGAAAGAAGGUUGCACAGCGGAUUAUUGAGCUUGAUCCUGAAAACGCCAGUGCUUAUGUACAGUUAUCAAGCUUAUUUGCAACCUCAGGUGAAUGGGAAACAUCAGCCAGUUUUAGAAGGAUAAUGAGAGAAAAACAAAUACAAAAGAAUCCUGGUUGCAGUUGGGCUAAUAGUUGAACAAGCAUUUGUGGUGGCAACUUGCAAAAGACUUGCAAAAAAAAAAAAAAGAUUUCCUUUCUCCAAAGUGAGAUGUAUUAUUCUUGGUCAGCUUGCUGUAAUCCUUCAAAUGUCAAUCGUGCUUAGCUACUGGUUAGUGGAGAUCAUGUUACGCUUUGCCAGGCAUAGUUUGAUAUGGCAUGCUUGAUUCAUUUAACAACUUCAGCACCAUGGUUGUGUUGGGCUGUCCUCUUUUACUUGCUUCACUAAUCAAGCUCCGUGGAGAGAUUUAUGAUCUUUUUCUGGGACAUUUUAUUUGACAAGUGCUUGUCGGUACUGUUUGUUCUAGUGAUCAUACUGGAUGCUUGCACCCUGAAAUUUGGCUUAAAGAAACAGUAGAUGAUUUUAGAAAUAUCUGCCAAAUUAUUCUGUCCCACUUCUCACCUAUGACUUCCAACUCAGUGAAUCGCAGCUGGAUUAUAUCUGUAGGUCAUCAAAUGAAAGGUAGAUUGACCAUCUUGCUCAAACUAGAUGCAGGUAAUCUUUCUUUACAAUAUGAGAUCUACUUUGCCAUCAGAGUGUCAUUUCUGAUGCAUUUAAUUAUGUCCUUAAAAAGUUACCAGCCUACAUGCGGUGCAUUCUGAAAGGAAGAGAAAGCUAAGAGCUCCAUAGAUAGCAUGAGACUGGAAAUACUACAGAUUAUUAACUUCACAUUUGUAUCCUGAAAGGGAGAGAAAGCAAAGAGCUCCGUAGAAUCUAAACGGCAGCUGGAUGGUGAUGAAAACAUUGGUUUGGAGCAGGAAAAUGAUGUGCAAAAUUGGUAUUAUUGCAUCAGACAAUUGUUCUAUUUAGCGUGAAAACCCCAUUACUGGAGCCCCACAAUUUGUCUUUUCAGUGCAUCGUUUUUCAUGUGUCUUCUUGCAUUUGGACUCCCCCUUUUCUAAUAUUCCUUUGAUGUUCUAAAUCCUAAUGCACUGACGUAUAAUCUGGGACAACUUUUUCAGUCUCUAUUAUUUGCCCCUAAUUGUUGGCUGCCGCACUAUCAUUUUAACUUGCAAACAAAUCAUACACGUCUUGGAUCAUUCUUUGCUAUCUAAGGUUGGACCACAUAAUUAAUGAAU